AUGUGGGAGCUGCUGCUGCUGCUGCCCCUGGGGCUGGGGGCGGCCCUGGGGACCCCCGGUCGCGGCGACCCCUCGGGGGACUGCGAGGAGUGUCGCAGCCCCCACGGUGGCCUCGCGGUGGCCAACGCCACCCUGGGCUCCAGUGUCACCCUGGGCUGUCCGGUGGCGGGGACACCCCUGGGCCGCCUGGUGACCGUGCGGUGGCACUUUCGGCGUGACCCCGCCGUGCCCGCUGUCCCCGUGUGCGCCCGGGGCCGGGGUCCCCCGCGCUGCCACCCCCCGUACGGCGCCAGGGCCGCGCUGGUGGCCCCCGAUGUCGCCGCCGAUGUCGCCGCCGAUGUCGCCGCCGAUGUCGCCCCCGUGUCGCUGGUGCUGCGGGACGUGCGGGGAGGGGACAGCGGCACCUUCACGUGUCUGCUGCUGGGGGACAGCGACUGCGCCUGCGGCACCGUGACACUGCGGCUGCCCCACGGUGUCCCCUGCAGCCCCCCCUGCUCCAGGGCCCCCCCGCGCGGCGGCCGCGGCAUCGUCACCAUUGUCACCGCCGUUGUCACCGCCGUUGUCACCGUGGCCCUCCUGCUGCCACCGGCCCGCGGGCACUGACGCCUGUGCGUGUCCCCGGUGUCCCCAUGUGGGCAAUGUCCCUGUCCCCGUGUCCCCAGCAUCUCUGACCCUGCUGUGCCCGUGUCCCCAGUGUCCCCAGUGUCCCUGACCCUGCUGUGCCCGUGUCCCCAGUGUCCCCAGUGUCCCCUCUCCAGCCGGGCAGGGUCCCUAGCCCAGCCUGGGCUGGCACUGCCCUCGGGGAUGUCACCCGCU